AUGCACAUCAUAGACCCUAUCCAGUACCCAUUAUCCCCCGAUGCCCAAUACGUUCCCCAAUCUCACCUCCUCUCCGAAGCUUUAAGAUUCGAAUCCAGUGUUGGCAUACAAAACAUUGUCCUAGUCCAACCCUCGAUUUACGGCUUUGACAACAGCUGCAUGCUCAACGCUCUCCGCCAACUUGGUCCUCAUCGAGCACGCGCCGUAGUAGCUUUCGACCCAGCCACAACGACAAUUUUGACGUUGGAGGAGUGGCACAAACUUGGAGUUCGAGGGGUCAGAGUUAAUUUACAAUCUGUCGGCAAAAAAUUGGGAAUGGAAGAACUGGCUUCCAUCUUGGAACAGUAUGCAAACCUCAUCCGACAAUUUGAUUGGGUUUUACAGCUGUACGUAUCUCUUGAUACAGUUGCGGGGCUUGCAGAGAUCAUACCGAAAUUAGGGUUAAAAGUAUGCUUGGAUCAUUUUGGACAUCCUUCUAUGUCUUUUUCCGCCGAGAAAGUCUUGAAUUCUGGCAGACUAGACCCCUACUCGCUCCCAGGUUUCAAUUCUUUGAUCGAGUUGUUGCAAGAAGAGCAGAUAUACGUCAAGAUGUCGGCUCCAUAUAGGAUUAGUAGAUUGGUGGGGGAUGAAGACAUCGAGAUAGUUGCAAAGGAGCUUCUGAGAGUGGCAGGAAAGAAGCGGGUAGUGUUCGCCACGGAUUGGCCUCAUACACGGUUUGAAGGGCUUGAUAUUAGACCGUUCAUGGAGCAAGUUAUAGAGUGGUGCCAUGGAGACAAGGUUCUGCUUGAGAGAGUGUUUAGAGGCAAUGCUGAAGAUUUGUGGGGAGUGAGGUAA